GAGGCUUUAACCUUUUCCCACCCACCCCCGAGCCGUGGGGUGAAGGGACGAGAGGGAGGGAGGAGAUCCUCCCUACCCACCCCCGGUUUCUGCCUCGUAGUUGCCACGUUCGAUCCUCCCUCUCCUCUGGCGCUUGCAAUGGAGCUGGGCAAACAACCAGGCGAACCGCAGCGCCCGGCUCCAUGUGAUCGAGCCGAAGCCCCUCUUGCGAGGGACUAGCGGGGGGGCGGGACGAAGGGAGGAGCGGGACGGGAGCCUGUUGCCCCCUCGCGAGUUAGCGGCUCGGGCAGCCUCGCCCAGCCGCCUGGAUGUGCAGAGCGCCCGGCGACGCGGCAGCCGCGAGCUGUAGCGUGGCCGGGAAACCAGCGGCGCGAGCGAGCAGGGUCCCCCCCGCGCUCGUUCCUCCGAGCCUGCCUGUGCCCGCCCGGGCGCUCUGGGGCGGGCCGCCCCCUCCCCCGCCGGCGGCCGGGGUCUCCCCUCCGGGCCAGGCGCUGAGUGACGGGGCACGCGGCCAGGCUUGAAGAAUGGCAUGCAAAGAUGGUCUCUGCCAAGGAGCUAGUGAUCGCGAUGUCCUCGGGUCUCUGCAUCACCCUCCUGCACUUCCUGUGCCUGGCGACCUGCGUCACCGAGCCCCCGGGGCAGAUCAAAAAGGAGGAGAAAUUAUGGCCGGAGAAUUUUACAAGCAUCCUGAACAGUCUCCUGGAUGGUUAUGACAACAGGCUGCGUCCUGGAUUUGGGGGUCCUGUUACUGAAGUCAAAACAGAUAUAUAUGUCACCAGUUUUGGACCGGUUUCUGAUGUAGAAAUGGAAUACACAAUGGAUGUCUUCUUUCGUCAGACAUGGGUGGACAAAAGAUUAAAAUAUGAUGGUCCCAUUGAAAUUUUAAGACUUAAUAAUAUGAUGGUUUCGAAGGUGUGGACACCGGACACUUUUUUCAGGAACGGGAAAAAAUCCGUCUCUCAUAAUAUGACAGCCCCAAACAAACUCUUUAGAAUAAUGAGAAAUGGCACCAUCUUAUACACAAUGAGGCUUACCAUAAGUGCAGAAUGUCCCAUGAGAUUAGUGGAUUUUCCAAUGGAUGGUCAUGCUUGUCCUCUCAAAUUUGGGAGUUAUGCAUAUCCAAAGAGUGAAAUGAUUUACACCUGGACAAAAGGACCUGAGCAGUCUGUGGAAGUUCCUGAAGAGUCUUCCAGUUUAGUUCAGUAUGACCUGCUUGGGCAUACUGUAUCCACUGAAACUGUUAAAUCUAUUACAGGUGAAUAUGUUGUUAUGACAGUUUACUUCCACCUCAGACGGAAAAUGGGUUAUUUUAUGAUUCAGACAUAUAUCCCGUGCAUUAUGACCGUGAUCCUCUCACAAGUGUCAUUUUGGAUAAAUAAGGAAUCCGUUCCAGCUAGAACCGUAUUUGGAAUAACGACAGUUUUGACAAUGACAACGUUGAGCAUCAGUGCAAGGCAUUCGUUGCCAAAAGUAUCCUAUGCCACUGCCAUGGACUGGUUCAUAGCUGUCUGCUUUGCCUUUGUGUUCUCUGCUCUUAUUGAAUUUGCUGCUGUCAACUAUUUUACUAACGUUCAACUGGAAAAGGCCAAAAGGAAGACAGUGAAAUCACUCCUUGAAUUUCCAAUCUUGCCAGUGCAGCGAGAACAGUGCACAGAAGAGGCACUCAUGACUACAGAUGCCAAUUCAAAUGUGAGGAAAAGAACAAAUGCCAUGGCACAGUCAGAAGCCGAUGGUGGGAACCGAACUGACACAGCAAACAGUUCCACCCAACCUUCUGGGGUAACUCAGGGGUCUUCUGACAUUACACCCCAGUCUCUUUCAGCAUCAAGUCCAAACCCGUUCAGUCGCCUCAGUGUAUCAGAAACAUUGUCUUCUGCAAGAGCUACUCCUCCAGCUCCUCCCUCCACCCCAAUUUUAACUGGAUGCAUAACCCAGCAUACCACAGCUGGAUCCCCAUCUAUUCAUCAUUUACUUGGAUCUAGACUGGAGCAGAUUCAGACCACAGCUAAUACGGUGGGAGCAUCUGUAAAGCCGUCUGCUAUCUCUCCGUCUCCUGCUCCCCCUGCUUCCAGCUCUGGCACUAGUAAGAUAGACAAAUAUGCACGCAUUCUAUUUCCUGUCACAUUUGGAGCAUUUAACAUGGUCUACUGGGUAGUGUAUCUAUCCAAGGACACCAUGGAAAAAUCAGAAAGUCUAAUGUAGUUUUGCUGCUAUGUAGUAGUUUCCUUAAUUAUUAUAACACAUUUGUUGCAGGGUUCCUUCUUUUAAAACAUUUUUUUUUUAAAAAAGAGACCAUUAAUUCUUAUUUUACAAGGCUCUGUGCUAGGUUCCCGCCACAUUGAACAAGUUUAUUGGGACAAUUAACUAACUCAUCGCUGAGUGAAGGGUAAGAAAAUUGACUUAUCUCCUCCAAAUGGGUAUGCAGAACUUGCCAUGGGGGGCAGGGAAGGGGAGGAACAGUGAUGGGAAGCACUGACUUUUAGUAGUAUGCCCUAAUGAUUAUUACAAAUCCCUGAGGCCCCCAGCACCACUGCCUAGGCCCAGCAAUGCAUUUUCCACCAUGACUUGCAGUGACUGUUUUGUGGAUAUUUUUAAAUGCUGCCAGAAAGGGACUUUUGCCUGCUAGAUUAAAGCUGAUGACAGAAAUAAUGAGUGGUGACAGAAGAAAACAGAGGGAGUCCUACUGGUGGAGGGUUGGGGGGCGGGAUAGGGGGUGAGGGGAGCACUGUAGAAAAGAGUUAGGCAAAGGAGUUGGAGAACUCCAUAUAUUUUUACUAAGCAGUGUUUUGUGCCGCUACGUAGAAAAUUCUCUCUGAAUUAAAGGAUGAGUAAAUCUUGUGGAGUCUGAGAUUUUAUGAACCUCUGGAACUAAUUCUUUUGGGUUUGCAAAACCAACUUAAUAGCCUGAUCCUUCUUUCACUUACACCAUAUUUAACUUAAGUAUAGUUACUUCUAAUUUACAACUGUGUAAGACAGAGAAGAAACAGGCCCAUGAUGCUUAAGUUUUGCUGAGAAUUCUUCCUUCUCUGGUGCCUUUCCCCUGUUUUGUUUUUCACUCUGUCUACUCUCCUCCUUUUUUCACCAUUAUUUUUCCCUUUUGCACUGUUUCUUGUAGCCUUCCCUAACCAGAAUGCAAACCCAAUAGUGUUUGAGUUCAAGUGGCUUUAAAAUGGCAAAAUGAGUUUGCCCAUCCUUUCUAUGGUACAAUUGUAAGGAAGGGAAGUCAGUUCCUUUGGGAAGUAGUCAUGUCACAUAAAUAAGAGGAAUACUUUUCUAGAUGGGGUAAGGUGCUUUUCCUCUCACCCCAGCCUGUUUUAAAAUUGCUCAAUAGCAGUAAAGUGUUCUCCUGAAUGGUUGGAGUUAAGAUGUGCAGGCAGGUAAGUAUUUGGAGUUCUUGGAUGAAGUGAACUGUUUAAAUCUACCAGAGGUCUUGUUUAUCAAUUUCCUUUCUACCAUACUGGGUAGACGAUAUGCUGAUUUAAAAAAAAAAAUUGCUUGUACAAACUUCACCUGGGUAGCUAAAUUAACUUCUCUUCAAUGUAUAGACUUAACAGACAUAUUGGAGCAUGAGCUUUCGUGGGUGAAUACCCACUUCGUCGGAUGCACGCAUGCAUCCGACGAAGUGGGUAUUCACCCACGAAAGCUCAUGCUCCAAUACGUCUGUUAGUCUAUAAGGUGCCACAGGACUCUUAGUCUUGAUCUGUAAAAGCAGCAAACACGGCUACCCCUCUGAUACAUCUCUGCAAUUGACUGCCAAAAAUAAUAGUCUGGAUUCUCAGCUAUGCUCCGGCAUAUGUGGGGAUAUGCUUGGGUGGAUUAGUCCCCAGCUGGAAUAGAGUAACAUAACUGACUCCUAAGCCACUCCUUCAGGGGCCCCUAGCACAGGGGAUAUGUUAGGGGCGGAAGGGGUAUUGCCAGCACUUUACUGCGCUCUGGCAAUGACCAGCUGACAGAUGGACCUUUGGGGCCACAGCCAGCUUGAGUAGUUUAGAACGUUCAAGAGGCUGCCCUAAACUACUCUGGGAUCAGAGUCAGUGUAAAAAUGCCCCAGAAUGAGGAAACGACGACUGGGAUCUUUGCAGCCCUUCUUCCCACCUCUAUCUCAUGGACACAGGCUUUAGCUGAGAAUCUGACACUGUAGUUUAAAAUAAGGAGUACUUGUGGCACCUUAGAGACCAACAAAUUUAUUUGAGCAUCAGCUUUCGUGACCUACAGCUCAAAUAAAUUUGUUAGUCUUUAAGGUGCCACAAGUACCCCUUUUCUUUUUGCGAAUACAGACUAACACGGCUGCUACUCUGAAACCUGUAGUUUAAAAGACUUUGGAGACCAUGAGAGGUAAGAACAUAAGAGCUACCAGACUGGGUCAGACCAUGGUCCAUCUUACCCAAUAUCUUGUUUCCAACUGGGGCCCAUUCCGGAGUUUCAUGGGGAUUAUGGAAUGAUCCAAUGAUCUCCCUUUGGUUGUCAGAGGUUUAGGGUAACACCAAGCAUGGAGUUUAAUCCUGCAUGUAGUAUGCGUUUCAGUUCAUCAGGUUGUGUUACAUUAGACUGCACGGAAAUUGACUUAUGUGAGUUUAUUAUGAUGUAACAUAUAAGAAUUUUCUUUAAUUUUUUGUUUCACUGGUUUUGCCAAGCAGCCAGAUGCCGUCAUUUACAUUUUGCUUCUUUACAUCUACCAAAAGGCCUAAUACGAUUUUUUAUUGUAUAACAAGUGUAAGAUUGCCACACUUUUUAAAAUACCACAGUAGCUGCCGUCGCACAAAAUUACAAAUGCAGCAUGUGCACUAAUUAGCUGUCUGAAGCCGUUCUGAAUCCUUGGGUGUAUCUCUGGGCAUGAUAGCCUUUGCUCCCUAAUUUAGUCACAGUGUCAUAAUCACACUAUCGCCCAUGGGCACAAGCCAUAAUCGAUUUAUCAGGUUAAACUAAGAGAUAACAAAAAACUACACAAAUACUAAAAUUUCUAGCAUGAUGAACAAUGUAAUUUUGGUUUGUUUGGAAACUGCAGCAUUUGCUCUGAAAGUUACUAAAAAUGAGCUUCGCUUUCCACUAUGAUGAGGAGAGAAAUUAUCUUCAUUUCUCAUGCACAGCUUUAAACAAGUCACUGGAAACAGCUGUCUUCCUUUUCCUCCCACCUCCCUAUGCUGGAUGUAUAAUAAGCACAUUGUUCAGCAGGACCAUAUGUUGGUUCAGGCUAGUUGACCAAGAUGAUUUGAAUAUCUUGGAUUCCCUGCCAAUUCCUACUCUGGUUUGAUAAAACCUGCAACACAACCAUAGAAAAUUAACAAACUUACAAACAUUCAGUUCCAACCUUCUGGGGGAGAGAAUAUUUUGGAGGAGAAUGUAUAGGAGUUUCUCAGAAAAGUGGGUUUUGGUUUUUUGUUUUUGUUUUUUAAUCUGUCAGAGUACUACUUAAGCACCUGCCAACAUCUGCAUGGUUGUAUUCAAAAUGAGAUAUGACAAUCUCAUCAUGAGGCUAGGAAUAAUUUGUAUUGCUGCACUAUGUUUUUGUGUUAGGGCAUAUGAAGAAAUUACCAUAACUAGCUUUCCAAAUUGCAUAAGGACAAUGUAAAGGGAAAGUUGUUAAUGGAGUUUUUUUUGUUACUUCUUAAUUUUAUAGCAGAGAAAUCAGAAACAGCAGAGAGGCUGCAGUGUAGUCAGUAUUAGCAUAUUAUGAACCGUCUGCAGUUCAGAGGCACACAAAAACCCCCAAAAGAAACACACCAAAGAUAUGCUAGGACUCUUUGGCUAUAGGUUCAAAACUGGCAGCUUCAAUUGUAUGCCCCAAAAUUUCUUAUAAUUUCAGCGACCAGUUAAACAAUGCCCUCUUCUGCUUUUUUUAAAGUAAUACUACAAUGAUUUAAAAACAAUUAACCAAUCUGCUUUAUAAAAUCCAGUUUAUAAAUAGUAAAUCAGGUGGUGAUAGUUUAAAAAAAAAUCAGAAUAUUAGAAAUCUAGGGCCGGUCUACACUACAGAGUUAGAUUGGCUGAACUACAUUGCUCAGGGCUGUGAAAGAAUUCUUCCGUUGCCUUAGCUACCAUCUCUUGGAGAGGUUGCGGCUGUACCACUGUUCCCUUUCUAGUGUUGAUGUACUCCUGGUGAAAUCUUUACCAACUGCGACCUGCUAAGAGACUGUCCACAGACAUUCAUAAGGUGGGUGAGGUAAUAUUUUUUUUCUUGGACCAACUUCUUGAAAGAGACAAGCUUUUGAGCUACACCAUGCUCUUCUUCAGGUCUGGGAAAGGUACUCAGUAUCACAGCUAAAUACAAGGUAGAACAGAUUGUUUAGCAUAAGUAGUUAACACACAUUGGAAGGGACCAUUCAAAGUGAAGUUUCCUGUAAACACCCUUUGCAGUCAUGGGACAAAAAAGGGGGGUUAGUGGGUUACGGAUUGUUGUAAUGAGCCAUAAAUCCAGUGUCUUUAUUAAGACCAUGAUUAUUAGUGUCUAACAAAUUUAUGAAUGUAAGUGCCCAGGCUCGUCUUUUGAAGGUGUUGUGCAGGUUUCCUUUGAGGAUGAGGACUGAGAAAGCAGAUAUAGAAUGAUCAUUUUGUGAAAAGUGUUUGCCCAAGGGCUACAACACUGCAUAUACAUUGAGGUUAAUAGCAAAACUCCCAUUGAUUUCAGUGAUGCAGGUACAGACCCCUAAAAGUGGGCACCUGGCCAAAAGACCAGUAGAAUCUCAGUUCACCCACAAUGCUCAUCCACAGUGAUCACACUUCAUCAUGUAGUCAUCUGUCAUCAUUAUCAGAAAUCCAUUGGACCCUGUGGUGGUGGUUAUUACCAGGUUUCACUGCAAUACUAAAUUGAGAAUAACACAGCAGUAGAAUAUUAAAAUAAGGUAUACAACAGUUGGAGAUGUAAGCCUAGCCCCUGUCCUUCACUGUGAUUCAUCUGGGUGGAUUGCAGCAUCCUUGGAUCACAAACAGGGAUGGGGCCUUUGCCUGUUACUCCUUCUCCUGUAUAUGCUCUUUGUGUAUUAACAUUCUUUGAGGGUGUCAGCAAGUAUGUGGACAAAGGUGAUCUAGUUGAUAUAAUGUAGUUAGACUUUCAGAAAGCCUUUGCCAUAGCCCCACACCAAAGGCUCGUAAGCAGUCCUAGGAUAAGAGGGAAGUUUGUCUCAGGGAUCAGUAGCUGGUUAAACGAUAGGAAACAAAGGGUAGGAAUUUAUGGUCAGUUUUCACAAUGGAAAAGGUAAAUAGAGGGGUCUCCAAGGAUCUGUACUGGGACCAGUGCUGUUCAACAUUCAUAAAUGAUCUGGAAAAGGGGUGGCAAAGCAAGGUGGCAAAGUUUGCAGAUGAUCAAAAUUUCUCAAGAUCGUGAAGUCCAAAGCUGACUAAGAAUUACAAAGGGAUCUCACAAAACUGUGUGACUGGGCAACAAAAUGGCAGAUGAAAUUCAAUGCUGAUAAAGGCAAAAUAAUGUACAUUGGAAAAAUAAUCCCUACUAUACAUACAAAAUGAUGGCGUUUAAAUUAGCUGUUACCACUCAAGAAAGAAAUCUUGGAGUUAUCGUGGCUAGUACCCUGACAUUUGUUCAUUGUGCAGUGGCAGUCAAAAAAGAUAACAGAAUAUUAGGAAUCAUUAGGAAAUGGAUAGACAGAAAAUAUCAUAAUGCCUUUAUAUAAAUCUCUGGUAUGCCCACACAUUGAAUACUAUGGGUAGUUCUGAUCACCGUACCUCAAAAAAGAUAUAUUAGAAUCGGAAAAAGUAUAGAGAAGAGCAACAAAAAUGAUUAGGGUUAUGGAAUAGCCUUCCAUAAGAGAAGAGAUUAAAAAGACUGGGACUGUUUCGUUUAGAAAAGAGACGACUAAGGGAGGGAUAUGAUCGAGGUCUCUAAAAUCAUGACGGGUGUGGAGAAAGUGAAUAAGGAAGUGUUAUUUACACCUUCACAUAACACAAGAACCAGGGGUCACUCAGUGAAAUUACUAGACAGCAGGUUUAAAACAAAGAUAAGGCAGUGCUUCUUCACACAAUGCAGAGUCAACCUGUGGAUGUUGUAAAGGCCAAAAGUAUAACUGAGUUUAAAAAAGAAUUAGAUAGGUUGGUGGAAGAUAGGGCUAUCAAUGGCUCUUAGCCAAGCUGGUCAGGGAUGCAACCCCAUGCUCUGGGUGUCUCUAAACCUAUACCUGCCAGAAGCUGGAUUGGAGGACAAGGGGAUGGAUCACUUGAUAAUUGUCCUAUUCUGUUUGUACCCUCUGAAGCAUCUGGCACUGGCCACUGCCAGAAGACAGGAUACUAGACUAGAUGGACCAUUGUUCUGACCCAGUGAGGACAUUGUUAUGUUCUUAACUAACAUGAUUGUAAAUCUUAAUGAAUGGGGAUUAAAAACCAAGUAGCAAUUGUAGUGCAGACAAACCUAAAUAAAGGCUAAUGCCUUGGAACACCUUGUAAUAAUACAGAACAAGCAAUGACAAUUAUAAUCAAGACUUUCAUAGUAUUUCUAAACUCUUAAAUUAUGUAGCAAUAAUUUAUUCAGAUCAUUUGGGAAGGGAAGGAUUAAGAUGUAUCUUUGCUUUAUAAUCUUGUUACAAAUAAGUUAACAAUGCAAGAAGUGGGACAGCACCAACUCACUGAAGUAGAAAGAACUUAAUGCAAAAUUUGUAUUUAACAAGUGACAGUUAAAUAGAACAAAUGAACGUACACGUCAGAGGUUUCUAAAAAAGAUGCUAAAAACUAUGCAAAGGUAAAGCAAUUAAAUGACAAUAGUAUGACUCCUCCCUCAAAAACACAACUUUCUUUUACUUCCACUGGUUUUGCACUGGUGUAACUCCACUGAUUUCAGUGUAAGUCACUUCUGAUUACAUUGGUAUAAGAACUUGAUCCAAAGCCCACAGAGGUCAGUGGGAAUCUUUCCACUGAUUCCAAUGGGCUUUAGAUCAGGCCUUAAGUAAGAGGAGAAUCAGGCACAUAGCCUCCCUCACAAGGAGAAAGCUGCCAUCUUUUGGAAAGUUCUGAUAGACCUUAGUGGUUAGCUUUCAGAAUAAAAACAGAACUUUCUUAGCUUAUGCUUUUUUUUAUUUAUUUUCAAAAAACAAAUUCAGUUUCAAACUGUUCUGUGUAAUGCAGACUUUUUGAAAGCAAGCCUCUUCUUCACGUUCCAUGUGCAUGCUUAGCUAAAGUGAGGUACUGAGCACCUUGAUUAAAAGCUCCCUGCAGUGCUUAAAGGUAGAGAAUGGAAAAAUGCAAUUCUUUUAAAAAUAAGUGAGGCCUGCAAAACAUGGUUGGUUUUCACCGUUGAAUUAACAGAUGUGAUGGAUAUACCUUUUAAAAUCGUUGUUGUUGUUGUUGUUUUGCUUUGUAAUGUAUAAUUUAAUGUACUGAGAGAUUUCUCUUGGACUUUCUAAUCUUUUGUAUAUUAUUUCAUUAGAAAUGAUUCCAAAGCAAAUCAGUCAACUAAAAAGUCAACCUCACUGUAAUUUGCUCAGAUUUUUUAAUUCAAAUUCUAUUCUAAUUUCUUGUACAACAGAGAAAGCCAUACAACUUCUUUAAAUAAAAAAAAAAAAGGCAAUUGGAAUCUCAGAUUCUGUGAACUAAGCCUUAGCGAAGUAUUCAAAUCUAGUCAAGAACUACUGAAAGGUUUCACCAAAGGGCAGCAUAAGUCCAGUAUUAAAAAAUGUUAACAUGAUCAAGACUCAAUGUAGUACAUCAGUAUACCGUUGAACAUUGGAAAAAUGUUGAAAUAUUAUAUUUACUGAAUUGUAAAGGAGACAUUAUGAAGGUGUACUUAAAAGCAAGCCAACCUAAAUUUGAAAGGGUUUCUGCAUGGAUGAAAAGAAUAUAAAAGCUCAGUAUAUGUUGUUGUUAUUGUCUUUGCAUUUUUAUUUUCAAAAUCAAACAAAGAUACUUAGAUAAGAGAAAUAAUAUACUGUACUAUUACAAUUAACCUUUGACUAAUACAUAGCUUUAGUUUGAUUUUUGGCUGCUGCUGAUCUACUUCAGCAUGCUUGCUCUGCAUUUUAAUAAAAGCUGUAUCCAUAUUGUCUGUUAGAGUGAAUACCACAACUCACUGUUAUUCUAUAAAAAACAGACAUAACAGAUUAUCAGAGAGUAUUUAUUUUUGUAAAAUCAAUAUUAUUUACAUGCCUGGUUUUGCCGUUUAAAAAAAAAGCUUGACUGGAGAUUGAUAGAAGCAGCGUAAAUCUACAUGAAAUACCCAGUUGGGGUUCUUAGAACAAUACUUUCCAAGCUAUGUUAAACUGAACCCUGCCUGGCCUUGCCGCUAAUGAUGACGGCUCAUCUUCCUGUUCUGCGAGGACGGAACGGUGGAGCGCUCAGAAGUCAGGAAUGUUUACUUUUUACCUGCAUUUCAUCUAAAGCGCUUUCAAAGCACGAGAUUGUUUGGCUGAACCUCAUCGCUACAAAUUAAUGUCAAAGUCUGCUUUGCCGUUGCAAGUUUGAAAAGCUUCCUUUAUGUUAGAAUUCAUCUAAUCAUCAAAGGAACCAUGAGUCAUGCAUGUUCAAGAGAAAAAGAAUGAUUUAUGUGCUUCAUUGUUAACUUAGAUGACAGACGUUGUUUGAGAUUUAAAACAUUUCAGAUAACCAUGCAGGUAACCAUAGUUGUUCGGGAAUUUACAUGAAAAAUGCAGUUUUGUUACAUAGUAAUUACAUACAUGCCUUUCCAGAUCAUAUGCCGCUUAUACUUUUCAUGGAGUUGGGCAAACUCUUGCCCUUGCAAAUUUCAGCCAUGCCUGGUGGGGAUGGGGGUGGUAUAUGUGACAGAGUAGCAAUAGUUUUGUAGUGGGUCCCUGAGUUUCCCUGGCAGCAGCCUAGCUCAGGGAUUCUGGGAGGAAAAUGCUCCUAACUGGACCUCACAGGUGCUACAAAAAGCAUCAUCCUAUAGCUCUUCCCUUCACCUUUCUUGUCACAUGCCUCAGAAUGCCACACAGGAGACCACAGGCAUAACAAGGUCUCAGGCUGGUAGGCCACAUGUACUUGGUGCACAAAUGUCUGCAUUAGCCACUCCCUCUGUCUGAAACACAAGGGAAUUAGGCUGCAAUCCUGAUCAGCUGCCGCGUGGGUGUGCUCAGGGGGUGGGAUGUACUCUUUGCUCCCUCCAACACAUGCAGUGUGAAUAAGGCAGCGCUUUGCACCCCGAAAAGUAAAAUAUAGUUGUAUAAAAAUGUAUUUACUGGGACAGUGGCUAAAGCAGACUGAAACUAGAAGGGAAGCUCUCCGCACACAAGCCAAGGGCAAGAGGGAACAGUGAGGGAGUGUCACUUACCUAAGCCAGGGUAAGAAAAGAGAGCUUGCUCUGUACUUUAAGCAGAGGAUGGGGAGCUGUAGUAUCCCUGCCUCUCUUUACUGUAACUCCUGCUCUGAAGCAGUCUUAUAAGACAUAGAGGGCCUGGCACGUUGGUUUUCCACUGUUGCCAGUGAAGUCAAUGGAAAUGCUUCUUCACUGUCAAUCUGAGAAAAAUCAAGCCUAGAUCUUGUAUCUAGGAAAAGGAUUUUAAAAUAAAAGUUGAGGGUUGGUAAGUAAGAAAACAUUUUAAUAUAAUCUACUGGCAAAGCUCACCUAGAUAGCUUUUUCCAGUCAAAGUAGUGGCAAUACACCCAGAGGCUUUACUAUCUCUGGUGUUUCCUUUUGAUUGGUGUGGUGAUUCUGUGCACUUAAAACAACUAAAGGACCAAAAAUCAUAUCCCAGGAGCCCAGGACUCAUGAAAGUGCGUAAAUCAACCAGGCUGUGUGUGGGCGAGGGGGAGAAUGUGGCUAUGGAAGCAGAAUUCAGUUUCUGGCUUCCAAAGAGUUAUUUUAAGAAAUGUUAUUUUGUGAGGAGUUUGGGCAGGAAACAGCCUGCAAACAAAUUUUUUUUAUGAAUUAUGAGAAAACAAAUAUGGAAUAUAUCUUGGCAAGUGCCCUUUUUAAAACAUUUUUUUCUGUUCAUUGAAUACACCCUUUCUAGCUCAUAACAGGAGGUCAGGAAGGAUUAAGAGGUAGGAUAAAAGUCAAUUAUUUAAACAUUAUUAUUCUGCUUAAUUUUGAAGCAUUUCUCAGCCUAGAACGAAGAGUGGCUUUUUAAAGUUUCCUAGCACCCCAGACCCUGAUAAUUCUUUAAACAGUGCAGGUUGAUGCCUUGAUCAUUUAACAUACUCAUUAUAUUAAAAAAGCUAAAUCCAGAGGUUUUUGUUUGAGCUUUAAUUUAAAAAGUUAAAUGAGAAAGAUCCAAAAAUUAGCACAGCCAUCAGCUCUGAACACCCAAAAGAAGGCUUGGCUGUGUGAAUUGGGUAACCAGGCUCCUGUCUCCAACCUGCACAUCUGCUGUCCAGAGGCCAGCACUGGAGGGAGUGCAAAAAUAAACUACAUUUAAAAAAAAAAAAAA